AUGGCUGAUGAGAAGAGCCAACAGCCGGAGGCCGUCACUUCAACGGCGGACCAGAGCCCACCAACUGAAAAGGCUACUCAAGGGGCAGUUGUCACCAGUGUUCCAGAUGCUGAAGAGGACAAGGAGAAGCAUGCGCGGCCUGAACGGACAGCCACUUUCCAGGAUUAUAUGCGCAUCUUCCGAUAUGCAACGAAAUGGGACUUGGCGGCCUAUGCUGCCGGGCUCAUUGCUGCGAUUGGACUGACCAUGUUUGGUCUUUUCCUUGCCCGGUUUGGUCUUGGGAGCAUCAACAAGUUUGCAUUUCGAAUGAUAGGGAUUCGACUUUCUGCCGCAAUCCGAUUACACUAUCUGAAGUCAUUGUUUAACCAGACCGUCCACGUAACAGGAGAUAUCUUGCCCCCCGGGUAUGCUGUCGGAACCAUCACCUCAACAAGCAACAUUCUCCAACUUGGAAUCUCCGAAAAGCUGGGCGUUUUUGUCGAGUAUAACUCCUUGAUCAUCGCCUCCAUCAUUGUCUCCUUUACUUGGAGCUGGGAGCUCACCCUGGUCACGUUCUCCGGUGUCGUCUUCAUACUUCUUGCCGUUUCCAUCAUCCUACCACUUGUCCUCAAGGGUCACGCUCGGAUGGGCAAAGCCGAAGCCGGAUCAGCAGCCGUUGCCAGCGAGGCCCUUGCUAGUGUUAGGAUGAUCAUGGCCUGUGGCGCCGAGAAGCGAACCGUUGAACGAUACGCUGCUUUUGUCGAAGAAGCUAAGAAACAUGCUCAAUUCAUGUCGCCUCUGAUUUCACUUCAGUUUUCUCUCGUGUUUUUCGGCGCAUUUGCUUCUUUCGGCCUGGCCUUUUGGUAUGGAACAAGGGCUUUCACCCAAGGCAGAAUUGAUAAUGUCGGUGUCAUCACUGUAGUCCUCCUUUCCGUCAUGAUGACGGUCUUCUCGUUGGAGCGUGUGUCUACGCCCCUGUUGGCUGUUGGCAAGGCAUCUGUCGCGGCCUGUGAGUUUUGGACUGUAAUUGAUGCCCCCCAGCCUAACAACGGGCACCUCAAAGAUCCCGAGGUCUCUGCAACUCAGGAUAUUUUGUUUAACAAGGUGACAUUCGCGUAUCCUAGCCGGCCACAUGUCAAGAUCCUCGACAACUUGGAUCUGAACAUUGAGGCAGGGAAAAUCACUGCUAUUGUUGGGCCAUCUGGUAGUGGCAAGAGUACAAUUGUAGGGCUCAUUGAAAAAUGGUACAGUCUCCAAGGCCAGUAUGUUAUUGCCAAGGCGGUGGAGAAAAAGAAGGACAAGAAGAAAGCCGACGAUGACGAAGAAGUAUCUGAGCGAGUCGAGCCUGAGGAAACCGGACCUGCGGUUCCGCUCAGCGGUUCUGUCACCACCGGCGGUCAUUCUCUCGAUGACAUCGAGUCAAAAUGGUGGAGAUCGCAGAUUGGCCUUGUGCAACAGGAGCCUUUCUUGUUCAACGAUACCAUUUUCAAGAAUGUUGCUAACGGACUUGUGGGUUCACCAUGGGAAAAUGAGACCGAGGAGCGCAAGCGAGAGUUAGUCAAGGAGGCUUGUGUUGAGGCUUUUGCCGACGAGUUCAUUGACAAGCUCCCGGAGAGAUAUGAUACCUUGGUCGGCGAUUCUGGAAAUCGGCUAUCGGGCGGUCAGAAACAACGCAUUGCCAUCGCUCGAUCCAUCAUCAAGAAGCCCUCCAUACUAAUCCUCGACGAAGCAACCAGUGCGAUCGAUGUCCGUGGAGAGAAGAUUGUUCAGGCUGCCCUCGAUAAGGUGGCUCAAGGACGAACCACCAUCACCAUUGCUCAUCGUCUGUCCACGAUCAAGAAGGCCGAUAAGAUUAUUGUGCUAAAGAAGGGAAAGGUGGUCGAGACCGGAACUCACGAGACUCUCAUGAACAAUGAUGGUGGAGUGUAUCAUGGCCUUGUCCAAGCCCAAGCACUUUCUCUUGGGGAGCCGACCAGCACAAACAUUGACUCCGACCUCAGUUUGGACGAGGCUGACUCUCUGACUCGCGAGAAGAGCCAAGCGAAAUCAGAGCGUGAGAUUGGAAAAGGCAGCACAAAGAAGCCUGACGAGAAAAAGAGAAACCUCUUCAAGUCUUUCGGAUUGUUCUUCUAUGAAACAAGUUCACACUGGUAUCUGAUGUUUUUGGCAGUGGCUUUUGCUGCUGGAGCCGGCGCCGGUUUGCCAAUUCAGGCUUUCUUAUUUGCAUCUUCGAUCGAUUUGUUCAAAUACGCCGACAAUCCGCCCAAACUCAUGUCCGAAGCCGAAUUCUGGUCUCUGAUGUGGACUGUUCUCGCUAUCGGCGUGGGAAUCGUCUAUUUUGGUGGGUUCUUCUCGUCGACUAGCAUGGCUGGUGUCGUUCGCGCCAAAUACCAGAAGCAAUACUUUGAAACGAUUCUUUUCCAAAAGGCAUCCUUCUUUGACGAGGAAGAUCAUUCCCACGGUACCAUGACAUCUCGCACCAAGGAUGACCCCCAGAAAUUGGAGGAGCUGAUGGGAGUGAACAUGACCAUGGUAUACAUUGCCCUCUUCAGCAUCCUCGGAUCCGUUAUAAUUGCUCUCUGUUUCACAUGGAAGCUGGCCCUCGUUGCUAUCUGUGUCGUAUUACCCAUCACAGCGGCAGGUUCGUAUUUCCGUCUGCGAUACGAGCUUCAGUUCGAGAAGAUGAAUAAUGCAGUCUUUGCAGAGAGCUCCCAGUUUGCCUCUGAGUCUUUUGGCGCUUUCCGGACUGUCACAUCCUUGACUCUGGAGGACUCGAUUACUGAACGAUUUGAAAAGCUCUGCCAAGGCCAUGUUGUCACGGCUUACAAGAAGGCCCGCUGGGUCAGCAUCAUCUUCGGAUUUGCCGAUAGCUCCACCAUGGCUUGUCAAACACUCAUCUUUUACUACGGUGGCCGACUUUUGGCCAGAGGCGAACUUGAUGUGAUGGAUUUCUUCGUCUGUCUCAUGGCUAUCAUGAACGCUGGCGAGUCGUCCGGGCAGAGCUUGAGUUUUGGGCCUAAUGCUGCGCAAGUAACAGCCGCAUCUAAUCGCAUACUGGACGCCAGAGAGUCUCGGUUGCAUGAUCAAGUCGACGACAAGCCAGCUUUUGAGAAUGUCGAAGGUGGUAUGAAGAUCGAGCUGAAGGACGUUGGGUUCAAAUACCAAACUCGCGAGACACCAGUGUUUAAGAAUUUGAAUCUCACCAUAGAGAAGGGUCAAUUCGCUGCCUUGGUAGGCGCAUCCGGGUGCGGCAAGACGAGUAUUAUCUCCCUUUUGGAGAGAUUCUAUGACCUUGAUCACGGACAAAUUCUUUGCAAUGACAAGGACAUCUCCGAGCUGAACAUCUACUCUUACCGCAAGCACUUGUCGCUUGUAGCUCAAGAGGCCACUCUUUUCCAAGGAACCCUCAAAGAGAACAUCCUACUAGGAGUGGACCCAGAAUCCGUCUCGGAGGAGAAGCUACACGCAGCCUGCCGCGACGCCUCCAUCCACGACUUCAUCGUCUCCUUACCCGAAGGCUACAAUACCAACAUUGGCAGCCGGGGCGUGUCCCUCAGCGGCGGGCAGAAGCAGCGCAUCGCCAUCGCGCGCGCCCUCAUCCGAGAGCCCGAUAUUCUUCUGCUGGACGAGGCGACGAGCUCCCUGGACUCGGAGAGCGAGAAGCUCGUGCAGGCGGCGUUUGAACGCGCCGGAAAGGGCAGGACCAUGGUCGUCGUGGCUCACCGGCUGGCCACUGUGCAGAAUGCCGACGUCAUCUUUGUCUUGGGCGAGGGCAAGCUCCUGGAAAAGGGUUCUCACGUGGAGCUUCUGAAGAAGCAGGGCGUUUAUUAUCAGAUGUGCCAAAGCCAGGCUCUUGACCGGUAG